GGACCUGACUUCAUUCAGGUGGUUAUCCUCUGCUCUUGACACAGCUGGCAGGAGCGGUAUUAUAGAGAGCAUCCCAAAGAGUUUCUACAUUCUCAGCGAAGUUCGCACUUUGAACCUAUAGGAUUGCGGUUAUCACAGCAGGUUGAGCGGUCAGCUAGAUACUUCUUGCUCCUUGUUUAACGUAAUUGUAACGGGACCUGAUAGGUAGGUGUGAUAAUAAUCGUGGUCGCAUCUGGGUUAGAGGAGACCGACACACAAGUGGACCAAAUGGGCGCCAUAGCUCAUCACCAGCCGUGGUCAUGCUGCCCGCUCCUACUCAGUGUCCCUCUAAUGGCGACUCUGGUGGCAGCUCGUGGUCUGCCCACUGUUGACCCAGGUUUAUUUGUAAUCUCUGGAGUGGGAACGUGUGGUGGAGGGGGUGGCUACUGUCUGCUGGGCUUCGACUGCACACUGGACGAGGAUUUUGUCGCCGACGAUGGCAACGGACAUUGCGAGGGCUUGAAGUCAGCGUUCACUCCCAGCGCUCAUUUUGUGUGCUGCCAAGACACAAAGCGACCUUCCAGCAGCAACAAUCAAACCAAAAUGGAGCAGUCGUUGAUCAAUCUCAUUGCGGCCGUCAACAACGAUGUAGGGAUGGACAUGAAAAACAAGAGGAAACCAAUCAACGAGUUGAAAGAAGAGGGCAAGAAUGGUGACAAUUUGGAAAAAACUACAAUCCCGCCAUCACCAACAACUACAGAGAGUUUAGAGGUACAAUCUACAACAGACACCACACCCUUAGACAAAACUGAUCAGCCAGAUGUUUUGGAUAAAAUAAACUCAAUUGUAGAACAAUCCAAUGAUCAAAUUCAGAAAGACAAAAUGGAACCUGAUGAAGAUUCGAAUUAUGUGGAUAAACCUGAGAUGUCACAGAAAGAAGCAAAUGAUGAAGAAGUUGAAGAUGCCCUGAAGAAGCUCAUAGCAUCUGUGAAUACGAUCUAUGAGAUGGACAAAAAAUAUUUCAAGAAACCUUUAAGUGGAUUGGUGGAAGGUGAAACGAAUGACGAUCAAGAAAUAACUACUGAUGGUGUGAUGUCAACCAAAUCCGAACCAAUUAUUGAACAGUCUACAACUGAUGUGACACCGCAAGAUAUUGAAACCACUGAGUCUCCAGAUGUCCCAGACUUACAAGACGACAUAGACAAAAUUAAUUCAGUAUUGGGGCAAGCAAUGGAUGAGGAAGAAUUGGGUGGUGCAUCAAUUGAGAGUAAGGAUUCAUGGAUGGGUCAGGCAAGUGACGAGCAUAAAGUCUAUGAGAGUCCUUGGAGUGACAGAAACAAACAGUGGUACACAAGUAGUGAAGAGCCACCAAAAGAUGAAGCGAAUGAAGUGGUGGAGAGUGGAAUGAUUGAUGUCAAGUCUCAACAAACCUCCACUCAGACACCUCCUGCAGAUUGGAAUUUGUCUAUUACAACAUCACCUGAUGACACUCAAACAUAUAUGACGUCUCAUGAUAUGGAAAGCUAUUCUGAAACUCCAGCCAUCAAAUCGCACCUAGAUAUCGAAUCUAAUCAAGUGCAUCCUGCAUCCAAUGCAGUGACUGAGGCCAGCAAUCAAUCAGUAACCAGUGAAAAUGCAACUGCAACAACCGAACUGCAAACUGAAUUGCCUCCUUGUGGGAUGUCAGCUCGGUGCAUCUCGUUGGUCAAGUUCAUGUAUAAUGACAAUGUGCUGUGCUAUGGCAGUCCACUCUACUGGGACUGGACGGUUACAUCGGCGUCAUGUGCAUUGAGGAUAUUCAGGAAGGGCAUGUUCAACGUAAGUGUAAGUCCUGAAGGCUCUGACUCAUGGUCAAUGGGAGGCAGUGUGCGAACAAUAAUCGUUCAUGAAAGCUUCAGAGCUGUUGAAAAUCCACUGCAUUUGGAAGUCAAUAAUAUAGGUUUGAUUAGGUUGUACCCAGGUCUAGGUUGGAACCUGUGCCGCGAAUGUUUGCCUCGUGCUGAUCAAGAGUUCCAAGGGGACCGCUGUGCCACUCACCCUCUCAGUCAUUCUAACUCACGCUAUUAUCAUCAUUCGAGAGGUGCUAGCGAUGUGUGUGAAGGAGUCACAGAGCUUCUACCAGGAGUUGGAAGCUUCCUUGCAUUGCCUUGCCCCACAUCAUCCUGGUCACCAAGGAGCACGGGCUCGUCUUCGGGUACAAUGGGCUUGCCGUUGAGAUGCGACGGAGUUCUGGCGGGGGUUCAAGCGGCAGAAGGGGUGGGCACCAGGGUCUACACUCCCAUCACACCCUACCUUCAAUGGAUAGACAGCAAUGUACGCAAAGGCCCUGUGCCUAGACAGGGCUUUAGAAACCAAUUCUGAAAUUCGGACAGAUCAUAGAAUGAUCUCUAGUCAUCUAUUUGUGGAAGCUAUAAAUAGGACUACUAUGGAAAGUAUAGCUUUACUAGUGGAACCUCAAUAUUAUAGUAGUGAAACUGCUACUUGUUAUGAAAAGUUUUCAUUGGUUUCUACACAUUGUACGUUGAAAUGUACCAUGCAACCAGCAAACAAUAUAGAAAAUAUAAGUUUUCUUUGGUUUCCACGUUGGACAAUGGAAUAUUUCAAGUAUGUGCUGGCCAUUCCUGCAGAGAAACUUAGUUGAUUUUCAAAACUCGUUGGACUGUUUACAGUAUUGUAUAAUUUCAUUGAAUUUCAAGUUGAGUUUCGAUGAAUGAUGAUUCAAUUAUUGCAGACAUUGAGUCAUUUCUAAUGAUUUAUUAAAGUCUACGAUUCGAAAAUGAGUGUUCCUGAAAUCUUGUUAAAUUGUUCUAUACUCAUAUGAAUUUAAUUAUUCUCUGAACACUGGGGAUAUUUUGAUCGGGAAAAAAUUGAUCAUGAAUAAAGUAUUGAUGAGCUGGAAGAUAGUAUAUGUUGGUGGUUAAGAGAGAAACAGAGAAUUUCCAAUCAUACCGUAUACAUUUCAACCUAGCAUUGGGAUAAGAGAGAUGUGUAUUAAUAUAAUAGUAAAUACUCAGAAUAAUACAUAUUGAAAAUAUUAUAAUAAUAUAUCCAUUUUAGAUUAUGUUUCAGAAUUUAGAUAGAUCAUGUAUUUCAUCAGACAUGGUACACGAAAAAAAAAUUAUGAGAAAAUAUCAAUAUGAUCAUGCAUACGGUAAUUGAUCUACAAUUAUCGAGGCACCGAGCUUCGCUUGUUAUUUAUUCAUAAACUAUUGAUAAUCAGAACACAAUUCUUUAAAAUGAUUGGGGAAAACUAACAGCACAGUCCAAACUGUUUCUUCCCCAAAUUUUGAUUUAUACACUAUAAAUAGUCCAGAAAGUAGGUUAUGUUCCAUACACUUUGAUUCAGGUUCAAUUUUUAGUCCAAACAUUUGAGAACAAAGAAGUUCUAAUUUCGAUCAUUUACAAACCAAAUUGAAUAGGUAACAAAAUAACACUCACUAAUCACUUAAAAUUGUCAAAUAAUGAUUAACUUUGAAAAUUAUUAUAUACUCUGCUAGUUUAAAAUGAUUAUCAUGUCAUGUCAACAAAUCAGAUAUUUUGAUCAAAUCGAUGAAAAUUUCUACACCUUUUCCAACUGUAUUUGAGAAAGUAUAAAUUGUAAUAAUUGAGAAUAGUCAUUAGUAUUUGAGGAAACGUCAGAUGUAAAUGAGAAUAGUCAAUUGUAUUGGAGAAGUCAUCACUUGUAAUUGAGAAUAGUGAAUUUUAUUUGAGAAAGUAUCAUUUCAAUUUGAGGACAUACGAUUUGAAAUCGAGAAGUUGUCAGUUGUAAUUGGGAAAUGUUUUUAAAAAACCAGUACAUCCAGUACUUAUAUUUUUCAUAACUGUGCUCAUAUAAAAUAAUUUGAUAAUAUAUUUCAAAUUCCAAUAAAACGUUUAGUUUUUGAAUAAAACAUUAUUUUCAAGCCCCAAAAUCCAUUGAAGAAUUGCCGAAUUGUUUGAUCAAGAGAUUCAAUCGAUUGAUGAUAAAGUUCAAUUGUGCCGUGAACAUAGAGAAUUUGAUCUUCAUCAAGUGCAAUGUUUCACGAAAUGUUUGGAGACAAAAGUUGCGUUGCCAAUACAUACAUAGAAUUAAUAAUCCUCAUUAAUCAUUCGUAAACAGUACAGGGGAAAUACAUUCACCAUUGAAAAUAUUAAUUUUCCCCCAUCCAAAGCCUAUGAUAGUUGUAAUACUGUGUACAUAGGUAGUACCGCAGUGUCCUUUCCUGCUCAAAUCAAACCUGCACUUUAGGCUACAGAAGAGUCACGACAUGUCAAUGGGAAAAUUUCUCUCAUUUUCAACUCAUAUCUUCUCAUAAAUUUGAUGAUUUCUCAAAUACAAUUCAUUAUUCUCAAUUACAUGUGAUGACUUUCCAUAUACAAUUGCCUAUUCUCAUCUAUAUCUGAAAUUUUCUCAAUAUUACAAGUGACUAUUCUCAAAAACAAUUGAUACUUUCUCAAAUUAAGUUGAUACUUUCUCAAAUAAAAUUGGAAAAGGUGUAGAUAAUAUUCCUCGCAGAUUGAUUACACAGCUGGAAAUAAUUCUUUUUCUGUCCCACACACGCAUCUUUUGUUUCGACAGACGACGAAAUUAUCAUCUGUUUUUCCAAGGAUGAAUAAUUGUUAUCCUUUUCAUGUCCUUCAGCGAGUUUUCCCAGGGAUGAGACCUAGUGCAAUCGAAUUUUUAUUUCAUAAACCUACUAUGUUCCAAAUUUGUGAAAAUCGUUAGAGCCGUUUUCGAGAUUCGUUGAACAUAAAUAACCAGAUAUACAGAAAUUGCUCGCUUAAUAUAUAGGAUACCUAUGCUGUCAAUCUAUUUAUCAUUAAUCAAUUCUCCAUCCAAAUUUCCAUGAGUCGUAGUGGUAUUUGCUCUGUAAGGACUAUGCUUUUAGAAUUAGAUAUUUAUUGCUCUCCAAUUCCUUGACUUUCAUCCAUUGCAUUGCAAGUAUUCACUUCCAAAUGGAUCAGCUGAAAAUUUUAUCGUUUCAUUGAUCAACUUGCGUUAGAUAAUGUUGGGGAUUGAAUAGCAAAUCAGAAUUUUUACCUAUGAAAAGUCACAAAUAAUAAUAUUAAUGAAAAUUAUUAUGUAUUAAUAGUAAUCCAAUUUUCAUGAGAUGAAAGAUGAAUCAUAACAUUAUUUUGUGUUAAAAAAUAUUACAAUAUUUUGAAAAAAAGACUGUGAUAUUGAUAUAGCCUAGUUCAAUCUCCGGUGAGAAAGAAUUAAUUUAUCUAAAUUAUUAACUUCAACUAUGAUAAUAGCUAUAUUCUAUCGUCAGCUUUUCUAUGCUUUCUAUGAGAAUGUUUGAGGCAACUAUAUAUUUCUGUAUUGUAUUAUUAUUGUUAUUAUGUAAUGUAUUUAUUUUUAUGAUGAUUGUAUAUUUCUACUUAUAUUUAGUUUGCAACUUGUGCUUUUGAACAUUAUCAAAAAUUCAAUGAUCAAUAAUAAUAUAUUAUUAUAGGAAUGAUCGAUGCAAUAAUUUAAUUUCAAAUAAUAUGUUAGCGAAAAACAUGCUACCUCUGCUAUGCAUUCUAUCAUUUGUAUUUAUGUACAGUAUUUAUAUCAUCACUGUACGGUUAUUCUACGAUUUCUUGAACAUUGCAUAUUUUUAAAAUAAAAAUGGCAUUGCACAUUAUUUUAAGAUGGAAGACAGCAAAGUUAUAAAUUAUGUUCAAAACUGUUUUGAAGUCUUCAAAUUAAACUAGUGUUAUUUUGUCAUCAGAUUCCAAUAAAGAUCAUUACACUGAUGAUUAUCAUUAUCACUGAUUAAAGAUUAUUAUUAUAUUAUUAUACUGACGAUG